GAGGCCUAUUAUGUGGACUCGUGCGGCAAGAGGUGGUUCCGGACCGGAGAUAUCGGCGAAGUCUAUGCGAACGGAACCUUCAAAAUAAUUGACCGCAAAAAGGAUUUAAUAAAACUCCAGUUCGGGGAAUACGUGUCGUUAGGAAAAAUUGAGGCCGAAUUGAAAUCCAACCCAUUUGUGGAUAAUAUAUGUGUUUACGGCCACUUAUACCACUCAUAUCUGGUGGCACUGGUAGUGCCAAAUCAGUUGGCAGUCGUAAGGCUCGCCAAACGGCUCAAAAUAGACUAUAACUCCUUCAGUGAAUUGUGUGAAAACAAACAAUUGAUAUCCUAUUUAAAACAUCAGAUACGGCGGCACGGCUUGAAUGCCAGGCUAAGCAAACACGAGAUACCUGAGCACAUGAGCCUGUGCUGCGAGGAGUGGACUCCAGACAACGGAUUAGUGACCGCUGCCAUGAAAUUGAAACGAAAGCAAAUCAUCAAUAGGUAUCAGAAAAGUAUCGAUCAAAUGUAUGAAAACUCUGAUAAUAAUAACUCCUAAUUAGCGCAAAAUAAAAUGUUAAUUUUUUACAAUCAUUGUAGUCAUGAUAGAAAUC